GGGCGCGGCGCGGCGUACGUGCGCGCGCGCGCGCGUGCGUGCAUGCAAUUUGCGAUCAGGCGUUGCUGCGGACAGCCCCGGCAGCGAGGAGGGGGGAGUUAUAUUGCGGGGUCCUUCCUCGCUCACCCUGGUUCCUCUCGGAGCGGAGACGGCAAAUGGCGGACUUCGAUACCUACGACGAUCGGGCCUACAGCAGCUUCGGCGGCGGCAGAGGGUCCCGCGGCAAUGCUGGUGGCCAUGGUUCCCGAAGCCAGAAGGAGCUGCCCACAGAGCCCCCCUACACAGCAUACGUAGGAAAUCUACCUUUUAAUACAGUUCAGGGCGACAUAGAUGCUAUCUUUAAGGAUCUCAGCAUAAGGAGUGUACGGCUAGUCCGAGACAAAGACACAGACAAAUUCAAAGGAUUCUGCUAUGUAGAAUUUGACGAGGUGGAUUCCCUUAAGGAAGCCUUGACAUACGAUGGUGCACUGUUGGGUGAUCGGUCACUUCGUGUGGACAUUGCAGAAGGCAGAAAACAAGAUAAAGGUGGCUUUGGAUUCAGGAAAGGUGGACCAGAUGACAGAGGAAUGGGUGGCUCUCGAGAAUCUAGAGGUGGAUGGGAGUCCCGGGAUGACUUCAAUUCCGGUUUCAGGGACGACUUCUUAGGAGGCAGGGGAGGGAGUCGUCCAGGGGACCGGCGAACGGGCCCUCCAAUGGGGAGCCGUUUCAGAGAUGGCCCUCCCCUUCGAGGGUCCAACAUGGAUUUCAGAGAACCCACAGAAGAGGAAAGAGCACAGAGACCACGGCUCCAGCUUAAACCUCGAACAGUUGCAACGCCCCUCAAUCAAGUAGCCAAUCCCAACUCCGCUAUCUUCGGGGGAGCCCGGCCCAGAGAGGAAGUUGUUCACAAGGAGCAAGAAUGAGCUUGCGGUUGGGAGGGAAUGGGGUGUAGGGGCAGUUAGAGCGAGACCGCAGCCUGGCUAGCCCCCUGGACUGGCAGUCCUGCAGUUACCAUUCCUGCGCCUGACCUUUGUCCUCCUUUCUUACAAAGGAAACAGAGCUUGUGAGUGCAUGUCAGCAGUUAACAAGUGGUUUUUAGUACAUUCUUGGCUUUGCUGUAUCUAGUGCCUGUUUCGUGCAUUUUUUUUUCCUGCCACUCCUUCCCCCAUUUUCCUUGUGUCUUUUUUCCUUCUUGCUCCUUGUUUCCUUCCAGCACAUGAGUUUCUCUAGAGGGACAAAGGCAGCCACUGUGUGGGAGGUCUCUGGGUAUAGGUGCUGCUUCAUUUUUCUGCUUUGCUUUCUCUUCUUUCUUUAAACACACUGGCCAGACUCCAGUCACUUCCUUUGAUUUUCUCAGUGCUUCUGACCUGCAUGUUGAGUUCUGUAUUUCUGUGGCUCCCCCCCCCCCCAAAAAAGGUCACAAAGUGGAUAUAUCUUAUUUUUAUUCAGCCUUGAUCAACAUACAGAUUUUGAGGCACCUUGUUUUCAAAUUCCUUCCAUCCCUAUUUAAUAGGUAGUCCUGUCUAUUGCCCCCUCUCCGAAUGGAUUAUUAGAGCAGAAUAUAUUUGGCUCAAAUUUCAAACAGUGAAACCUAAAGGGUGAUGCGAAAUGUCGGUAGGGAGUUUACAUGGGAGAUCAGUUGAAUGUACUACCAUGUCCACACAUUUAUUACUGCUUUUCAGCACUGUCCAAACUGGUUCCCUCCUUCACCAGCUGCACCAGAGGCUCCUCUGGCUGCUGGAUGUAGCAGACUGCCUGCUGCUGGUUUCCUCUCUGCUGGGCACAGGUGCUUUGGGGGACUGAAGGUUGGGGGUAAGGGUGGUGGCGAUAAAGCUGUGCUGGGCUAACUGUAUAGUAUAGACACUGCUUUUUCCAAAUCCCUAUUAUCUGUGUGUUCUGCGUCUCUCCCUUGCAUUUAUCUGUUUCCUAUAUAACAAUAAGAUACUGUGCUUCCCACCAUCCCUUAAUUUUAUAAUGAAAAUGGGCCUAGAAUCUGGCACUUUACUGUUUCACUUGAUGAAUUGAGAAUUUUACUAUGCAGUGCUAUCAAGAACCUUAAAAUAAUUGGUAGGUGGCCAUAAGUUGCUGGGUCUCAUCUUUGAGACAAAGUUUAUUGUUCCCACAUACCAUGUGCAGCAUGUCCACGGGGCUGGGGGCUAGGCAGUAGCUUUUGAGCUUGAAGGCCCACGUGUGGACAACUUAAGUUCCUUAGCACCUGGGCCCCAGCUGUUUCAUUUGGAGCAGUUUGGGGGCAGCCAGCAGCUGGAGCCCUAGAGAAAAGAGACCCCCGCCAGCACGACUGGAGGGCCAGGGGUGUCCCGGCCCACGCAGCACUCUUGUGCUGAGACAGGAGUUUGUCACUAGCUGGCAUCCUUGGCUCCUCUUACUCUGUCCUUGUCACGAGGGCUCAGCAAUUUACAGAACUCUCCCUUCUUUCCUUCCACCUGUCAUCUUUGCUUCUGGAAUAAGAACCAUUUGUGUAACACCAGUACUUAACUUAAGAAAGACAUGCAUUAUGUGGUUGUAAUCAAACCUGAUGCUUUCAGACGACCUACUUAUAUCUUCAAUGUGGAAAAGAUUAAGAACAAAACAAAUUCAUCUAAACUUCUGGGCAAUCCAGUUGACUUUUAAAUGUAAGAAUGGAAUUCCAAACACUUAACACAUUCAACUAUAUGACAGAAAGUAAAUCUAUGGAUAUGGUAUUUUGUGAAUGAUCUUUUAAAUAAAAGAAAACCUUACGUAAUAUUUAA